AGGAGACCCGUGGAUCACAUAGGGCUGUGUGUAACACUCUACAGUACCAGGCUGCCCAGUGUGCACAGACUGCAGUGCAUCUACCCCCAACAAUGGAGAGGGUACACCCAAACACUUCGUGUACUGAAGGUGAGAAUAGUCUGGCACUCUGGCCCUCUCUCAGGGAUGCUACCUGCCUCUCCAAUAAAAGAGCCAGGUCACAAGGGAAAGAAGUUAUUGAGUAAAGACAGUCUGGAGUACCGCCUGCGUAGAGAGAGAAACAAUAUUGCAGUGCGCAAGAGCCGUGACAAAGCCAAACGCAGAAAUCUGGAAACUCAGCAGCGAGCCCUAGAAUUCAUGGCUGAGAACGAGAAGCUGCGUAGCCGCAUACAACAGCUGAACCAAGAGCUUGAAGCUUUGAGAGGGGUUUUCAGGCAAAUUCCUGAGGCAGCUGCAUUAGCCAAAGGAGUUGGUGGCUGUAGCUGA